UUUUCUAUUUUCACGAUUAAAAAUGUUCCAAUCAAAAUCCGUUUCCGACUAAAACCAUCCAAUGAAAUGUCGUAAAUUUCAACAGCGGCAAUAAAAGUAUUUUUUAAUUAAUACUCUUCAAUUACGUAGUCUUAACUUAAACAAUAUAUGUAAUUUUGAUACUUUAGGCCCUACUGUGCUACAUUACUUUUAGGCCCAAUACGUAAGUAUUUAAAAAUUAUUAUAGUAUAGUUAUGGACUUAUAGACCCUUAUAUUAUAUAGCCUACGCCUACAUUACAUUACAUGAAUUAUUGAUAGUGAUAGUAAUAUAAAUAUAAUAUAGUCUAGUCUAUUAUAUAAAUAUUAUGUAGUAUAGUCUAUAGUAUAGUAUAGUAUAGUAAUACUAAUACUAUACUAUAGAUAUUAAUACUAAUACUAUACUAUAGACUAUAGAGUCUAUAUAUUACAUAAAUAUGUAUAGUAAUACUAUAGAGUAUAUAGUAAUAAUUCUGCACUUAUGGAACUUAUGGCCAAGUUAAAGUUAAAGUACUAUUAACUUAACUAAAUAACAGUUCAGUAAUUCAGUAGUAACUAACAAAGUUACUUGUUUCUUAGUUAACUUAAUUACUUAGAUUAGUUAGAUUAGUUAGUGAUUAGACUUACUUUAACACUUUUAACUUUAGUUUUACACUAGACUACUAGACUAGAGUUACUAUUACUAGCUCACUGUUUUACAAAGGUCACUCUUAGAAUGUCUAGUGACUAGUGAACUCUAGUGCUAGAGCCGUAUUUCUCCACUUUCCCUUUAUAUUAAUUAUUAAUGAAUGAAUGGCUUUACUUUAUUACUCACUUAAAUGAUAAAUCCAUUAUUAAUUAAUAUAAUAUAGAUACAGCAUUAAUAUUAUGAUUUAUAAUAUUAAUACUUAUAAUUAUUAGAAUUAGAAAAGAUAUGCCUAGUCAUAGUCAUAGUCGACAUAGUUUCUAAGUCUAAGGUUUUUUGGUUCGUGUGCAAAAUCAUAAAGUUGUGUGCAAAUUUUUACAGCAUCAAUUUUUUGUGCGCAAAAUUUUGCAGCCUACAGACACAAACUCAAACAUACACUAAAGUGGAAAUUAGCUGCGCGGUACUCAAAACUGCUGCGCGACGUCUAUGAGAUUACUGCCGCGCAGCUUAAAGGGAACAUUGAUUAUAUUAUAUUUUUUUAAUCACAUUGCCAUUAGGUGAUUAGCCUAAGCAGACUAAGUCUAAAUACUAAAUCUAAUAAAAGAGACUGUUGCAACUCUAAGUUUCAAACUUUACAGCUUAGUCACCAAACUUUAAAUUAAGCCUACUCACUACUCAGAUUACUCUAACUUGGUAGUGAUGAGAAUUGUUACUAAAUUUUAAUAAGUGUAACUCUGUAGUCAAAGACUAAGUAAUAUUUAGUAAUAAUCAGGUAUAAGAUUAAGUGUUUUCUUCUAACUAUGGAAAGUAAUUUACUUAUUAGCUUGGGCUUGGCUUUGACUUUGAGCCCAUCCAUUAUAUAAAUUAAAGAUAUGUAAAAUAGGUUUAUCGGACAGUAUCCGAGUAUGAUGAUAAUUAUGAAACAUUGUCACUAUGGGUAUAUUUUUAUAGCUUUGACUUUAAAAAUAAUUAGAGAUUAUGGUUUUCACCUAUUUCUAGGUGAAAGUUAGUUAGCUGUUUUAGAGAUAUAAAUAUUAUAUUAUGGAUUGUCUGAAUUUUGGUUAAUUAUUUCAGAAUUUGUGCACAAAUAAUGAACAUACACAUUCAAGUUGCUGAAAAUCCUACCUUCCCCAUUAUGCAUCAGUUUGCAAAGCUUUUAAAUUUAAGUCAACCAUAAUUUAAAGUUAGGGGCCAUCCAUAAAUGAUGUCCCACUAUCAUCCAGCAGAUUUUUUUUGCCCCCCUCCCCCUUUUACCCCCAUCAUCACAAAAAAUAAACACCAGUAUCAGAAAGUUAUGGCAUACUUUCUAACUAUAGAAAGGAAUUUACUACUUUAGCUUGGGCUUGGCUUUGGGUCUAUGCCAACAGACUCUAGGUCGAACUAGAGAGUCUAGAGCCCAUCUAUAUAACUUCGUGACCCCUAAAGAAGAUUGAUAUUUCUUAUUGUUGGCCCCUUAAUAUACUUUUUAAAAAUUAAUGUUAAAAAGAUUUAGCAGAAAUACUUAAAUAAUAAUUUUUUUAAAAACAAUGUAAAAUUAUUACAACAAAUAUACCAGGUAGUGAUAUACAGACCUAAAGAAUGUUUUAUAAUUUAUAAUUAUUAUUAAACUUUAUGACUUUAAAUCAUUUUUGCAUUAUUAAAUUAUGAUAAUUUCAUCUUUAUCAGUCUUCAAGGCCAAUCUUUUCAGAAGUAAAAAAAAAAAAUUUAAAAUGGUCACAGCAGAUGCUAUAGCUGCAAUGAAAUCGAUGGCACUGGAUCCUAGGAAACGAGCAGCACUUGCAAAAGUAUGAUUAUUUUUUAAUCCAACACACAAUAUUAAAUUAGUUUUUUUUUUUUUUUUUUUUUUUUUUAAAUGGAAAAGCCGAAAACAAAAAUUAUUAUAGAUAUCGUUUAACCACUGUCCUUGUAUCCAAAGUUCAGCUAUUAUUUAGUGUGAUUUUCUUUGUGUGCAAGUGCAAGGCUGUUUGUGAUUGAAUAAAAAUUGUAACUAUUCUAAUCAUACAGGAUGCAACAUGUAUCGGUGGUCUAGUCAUUGUGUUGUCAAAUGCUGAUACAACCAUUGUGAAGGAGGCAUUGCAGGUAAAAGUAAUAAGUAAAUGGACAUUUCACUUAAUAAUCCUUGUUAAUGUUAUCCUCUACAAAUUGAUUUACAAAGAUUUUUAAACAUUAUUACUUAUGUUACAUAAUUAGCUGCUUACUGUGUAAAAAUGACACCAAACAUGGAAAACUUAUUAAAUUCAAGUCAAAUAAAUUUCAUACUCUUUGCCAUCAUUUUUGUUGAAUGCAGAAAAUAAUAAAGUAUACUAUUCUUAAUACUUUUGUUAUGUAUCAUCAAACAAAUAAACAGACCUUUAUGUACAAUAAUGUUAUGGGUGCUCUGCUUGUUAGGAGUUCUGAUUUUUAAAAAUGCAGUGUAUUAACAUUAUUAAUCAAUAUUUUAGAUCACAAGUUACACAUCAAAUCUUCAUAUCUUUUAUUAAUUUUGUUUGUUUGCAGACAUUGCUGUUAUUGUCAGAAUGCCAAGAGGCCUGCACUUUCCUUAAGAAUCAUGUUGGUAUGUUGGAUCAACUGGAGACUAUAUUAAAUGGGUGUGUUUUAAUGUGUUUCUUUUUUUUUUUUUUUUUUUUUUUUUUUUUUUUUUUUUUUUUUUUAUUCUUGGUUAGGCUCUAAAAAUGUUACUUAAAUAUAAAUCUAAUCAAAUGUUGUCAAUGAAAUAACAUAAUAUCUAUUUGUCUGGAAAUAAUGCUAUGAGAGACAAACUUUAGAAUAGUGUACAUUUUCUGAAAAUGAAGUUGAGUCCCUUUUAAAAUGCUUAAUGCUACAUUUCACCCUAGAAAGGUGUACUCUAGUUUGUGAAGAACUGUGAAUUUUUAAUUGCUGAAAUUUAAAUAUUCCAUUUAUGAAACAGGCAUCAUUUUCGACAUGUACCAGAAAUAGUCCUAAUAUUAAAUAAUCUUUGUUGCAAUUUAUUUUAAGUUGAUAAUAAAGUAUCCAUUAAUUUUGUAAUCAAGCAGAGAAUCUAAAAGGAGCAAAAGUGACAUAAUUUUUGGCUUGUGUUUAUUUAUUUUAUCAAAAUAAGUCAAUAUAAAUCCAUAUAAAUUUUCAGUAUUGCUCUAUUUCAGUUGUGAGAAAGAUGAAACUGUUAUGCGCCUUGCUGAAUUGCUGCAUACUAAACUUAGCGAGACAUCAGAUACUUCUUCAAAUGCAUCCAUGCCAUUAAAGGAUCUUAGUAAUGUUUCCCGGUAGUUGUUUAAUUAUGGCUUGUAUUUAAGCAUUUUAAAGUUUUGACUUAAGAGCUAUUUUAAAAUUUAAGUCUCAAAAUGUUUUUAUUAAUUUUUUAAAAAUUAUUUGUAUAUGCAUUCGUUUAUUUUCUAUUUUAAUAGUCACAUUAGGUUGACAUCUUAUAUUUUGAAAAUCAGUUUUACUGCAACAUGUUGCAUUAUGUAAAAACAAAAUUUUUUUACACUUACUAACUACGAGACACAGAAUUUUCAGCAUAAUAUAUUAAGACAAAAAGUUUUUUCAUACAGUUAGAGACUUUUCAUGGAUAACCCCCAAGAAUUCCAAUAUUCAGAUUUUGUAGAUAGCAAUAGCAUAAAAUAAGCUUGACAAUAACAUGUGCUCUCCCCUCAAACUUUAACAGUCAAAGUACUCAUGUGAAGAAUCUUAGUGCCCAAGGUCAUUCUAAAGCCAAAUCAAUAGUUCUACAGAUAAAAGGUUUUCAUGAAAAGGUAAUUUGUGAUACAGUGAUAAUUUUCUGCUAUUCCGAGACUCUUGCCAAACUUUUAUUAAAUUUAAACUUUUUUGAUGUUUCUACUCAUGUAAAUUCCCUUCUGUUGUCUGCACCUAUUGGAUCUCAGCUUUGGUGGAAAAUGUUAUGUUUAUUAUUGGUUUUCUUUUCUAGCUAAUACUUUUUCUUGAGAAAUUUAUAAUCUAACAAUUGCUAAAGCAUUCAACUAUAAUUAAUAAUGAUGUUGAUACUCAGCAUUAAAAAAUAUUUUACUAAUCAUCAGAGUGACAGAGACUUGUGUGCCAGAUUAUUGCUAAAAGUCAAAGGUGUCAUCAGCAUUACUUUUGAUAUUACAAAAAAGCGCUGCAUUUUACGAACAAAAAUGGAUGUGAAACCAGAGGUAAAUUAUUUGAUUUAAGUUAUUUAAUAAAUUCAGGGAUUUACAUUACAACUUUAAUUUCCUGUAAUGAUAGAUUUUGAUAAAUAAAAAAAAUCAUAAAGCACAAUGCACUUAUUUUAUAAAUAAAAUUUUCCAUAAAUCACAGUAAGAAUUACACUGUUCAUUUGAUCCACAUUAUUUCAGCCUUAUCAUCUUUAAAAUGAACCUACAUAUGUAAACAAAAAUUGAUUAAUUCAUUUCCAGUAUACUAUUAGAUUUACCCAAUUACGUGUUUUAUCUGUUAAACUAAAAUGCUACAUUUGCAACUACAGACUCUAAUACUAGCCAUUGCCAAAUCCAUGACUAUGACCGCACAGCAAGUUGUACGAAAUGAGAAGGGAGAAGAGGUAAGUUAUUUUGUGGAUCAUUUAACACAAAUACAAAUAAACUUCCAUUGCAUGUUUAAUGUUUGAUUGAUGUUUUUUAUAAGUAUGCUGUACCAAUGACAUACUAUGAUUUAACUGCUUAAAGGUUAUUUUUUUUAUAUAUAAAAUAUUCUGCCCGCUGUAAUUUUUUAAAUUAAAAAUACUGUACUAAAUACAGUAUUAGUAGUAUUAUCAUCAGAAAAGACAAUUAUUAAUAAAAUAGAAACUAUUGGCUCUUCUUUAGCGUUAUUGUGCUCUUCCUUUAUUUUCAGUCAUUUGUGUGUUUUGAUACAAUACAGCAUCAUGUAUCACAAGAUAAAGAAAAUGAAGAUCUGCCAGAUUACUUAUCUGAUGAUUCAGAUUCCACAUUUGUUGAAGAAAAGGCUAUCAAACGCCCUACUGAAGAAGACAAGAAAAAAUCAUCAGGGUGGUUUUCAAUGGCUGCAAACUUUUUAUCCAAUUCUCUUUACUGGUAAUCAAAAAAAAAUCCUGAUAUCUUGAGAUUUAAAUAUGUAUAAUGCAUUUGUGAACAAAAAAUCUAAAAUUUAGUUAUUCAAAUGCUAACAAGAGAGCUGUCUUUGAAGGCUUUUAAAUUUGUUAAUUGUUACAGAUUUUUCAGUACUAUAAAUUAUAAAUAACAGAUGUGUCACCAAAGUUUGCAAGUAAAUACAGAAAUAAAGAUAGCCCCUUAAAUAAUAAUUUGCUUGUACACUUGUCUUCACUGUGAAACUAGCUAUAUUUUAAAAUAUUCUUAAAUGGUGUUCCACAAAAUUUUAGGUAUGAGCUAUUGUUUAUUGUCUUGUAUGAUAAAACUUGGAAACUGCUGCUUUAUAAAAUAUUACAUUUGAAAGUGAAAUUUAUUUAAAUGCUGUAAUAAUGUAAAUUGUAAAAAAAAAACAUCUUUUCUCACCUACUGUUUAGGAUGGGGUAAAAACUAGUUCAAAGUGUUGCAUUUUUAGUUCUCCAACUUUGCAAAGGUCAAAUAAGAUGUUUUGCCUUUUAAGUUCAGUUCUCUUUUUUUUACUUCCCAUCUUUCUCAUUAUGCAGGCUUUGUAAAAGUAAAGGUUCUCUAUGUAAGCUUGCCAUCAUACAAAAAUAUUAAAAUAACUUCAAUAUUUUGGAACUUAAAAAAUUGAUAAAACUAACUACCCGGUUAAGGUAUCUUCGAAAUUACAGUUAGGUGUUUAGGUAAAAUUUUGUUUGAAACUUAGCCCUUUUGUCUAAAUUAAAAAUGUAUUUUGGAUCUUUUUCACAUGAAUUUCUUAAAGUUUGUGAUAACGAUAAAUCCGGUAAUGGUUGUGUUUUGAAAUAUUUCCUGUGUGUAGUAAUUAUGACCUACUUGUUUAAAAGAAUAAAAAUGCUGUACCGUCUUAUCUAUAACUAAACACUCUUUACAGCAGGCAGGUGCAAGACUUGAUAUACAGGAUUACUAUUUUCCACAAGUAUGCUGUCAUUCAGCUAGCUCAGUGGUUCUCAAACAUUUUUUUUUUAUUUCUUUCGUGUCUGUCUCUUUACAAUUAUUUAGAUUGCUU